ACAGUAUUUCUUAUCUUUUUUGUCUACAGCCGUGAUUCCCAAUCUUUUUUUUGCUUGUGACCUGCUUUACCCCUGCUCGUCCUCCUUCAGUAAACACUGGAGUAUUCCCAUCAGUCUACAAGUGAAGACGAGCAUCAGACCAUCAGGAAGAAGAGAAAUCUCCAAAGACAGAGUUUAUUGAAGGACAGUGAGAAGAUGAGUGAUCCAGUACCCUGCAGUAUUAAACAGGAAGAGACGGAAGAACUAAUAGAUGUGAUGGUGAAGGAGGAAAAUGAAGAUGAGGAGGAACAUCAUGUCAAAAGUGAAAAUGAAACUCACGCAAAUACUGAAGACAUUUUUUUAGCGAAAACAACAGGUUUGACCUGCACUGAGUGCGGAAAGAGUUUCCUCAGCAAAACCGCUCUCAAGAAUCACAUGAGGGUGCACACUAGAGAGAAACUGCACAAGUGUUCACACUGCGACAAGAGAUUUAGCCGGCCAGCAUAUCUGAUUACACACGAGAGGAUCCACACUGGAGAGAAACCUUACGAGUGUUCACACUGCGGCAAGAAAUUCAAUGAAUCAGGAAACCUGAAAAAACACGAGAAGACUCACACUGGAGAGAAAUCGCAUCACUGCACUGCUUGUGGGAAGAGUUUCACAAGUUUAUGUACUCUGCAAUAUCACACAAAGCUCAAUCACAGUGUGAUGGUGGAGGAGGAGAAUGAAGAACUGAGUGAAGAUGAGGAGGAACGUCACGUCAAAAGUGAAACUGAAACUCACGCAAAUACUGAAGAUAUUUUAUUAACCUGCACUGAGUGUGGAAUGAGUUUCAUCAGCAAAAACGAUCUCAAGAGUCACAUGAAGAUCCACACUGGAGGGAAACCGUACAAGUGUUCGCACUGUGACAAGCGAUUUAGGCGGCCAGCAUAUCUGAUUACACACGAGAGGAUCCACACUGGAGAGAAACCUUAUGAGUGUUCACACUGCGGCAAGAGAUUCAAUGAGUCAGGAAACCUGAAAAAACACGAGAGGACUCACACUGAAGAGAGACUGCAUCACUGCACUACUUGUGGGAAGACUUUCACAAGUUUAUAUUCUCUGCAAUAUCACACAAAGCUCUAUCACAGUGUGAUGGAGGAGGAGGAGAGUGAAGAUGAGGAGAAACAUCACGUCAAAAGUGAAAGUGGAACUCACACAAAUACUGAAGAUAUUUCAUUAACGAAAACAGCAGGCAAGAAAGGUUUGACCUGCACUGAGUGUGGAAUGAGUUUCAUCACCAAAAACGAUCUCCAGAGUCACAUGAAGAUCCACACUGGAGGGAAACCGUACAAGUGUUCGCACUGUGACAAGCGAUUUAGCCGAUUAGCAUAUCUGAUUACACAUGAGAGGAUUCACACUGGAGAGAAACCGUACGAGUGUUCACACUGUGGCAAGAGAUUCAAUGAGUCAGGAAACCUGAAAAAACAUGAGAGUACUCACGCUGGAGCGAAACCUUACAAGUGUUCCUACUGCGACAAAAGAUUCAAUAAUACACACCCCCUAAAAAUACAUGAGAGGAUUCACAGUGGAGAGAAACCGCAUCGCUGCACUGUUUGUGGGAAGAGUUUCUCAAGAUUGUCUUCUCUGCGAUAUCACACAAAGCUCUAUUACAGAAAGAACACACAGUCUACAGCAGUGGUUCCCAACCAUUUUAGUGCAAGACAAAGACAGAGUUUAUUGAAGGACAGUGAGAAGAUGAGUGAUCCAGAACCCUGCAGAGUUAAAGAGGAAGAGACUGAAGAGAUAAUAGAUGUGAUAGUAAAGGAGGAGAGUGAAGAUGAAGAGAAACAUCACAUCAGAAGUGAAACUGAAACUCACACAAACACUGAACACAAUAUUUUAAUGAAAAGAACAGCUGUAAAAAGUUUGAUCUGCACUCAGUGUGGAAGGAGUUUUGAUCGUAAAUGCCACCUCGAGAUUCACAUGAGGAUCCACACUGGAGAGAAACCUUACAAGUGUUCACACUGCGACAAGAGAUUCAGUCGUACAGGACACCUGAAAGUACACGAGAGGAUUCACACUGGAGAGAAACCGUAUCACUGCACUGCUUGUGGGAAGAGUUUCACACAAUCGUCUUCUCUACGAACACACACAAGAAUCAAUCACAAUGUGACUGUAAAGGAGGAGGAGAAUGAAGAACCGAUUGUAGCCGUGAAGGUCCUUACAAAGGAGAAACUUCAUUCAUGCUCUUUGUGUGGAAAGAGUUUUACGCAUAAACAAAGUUUAAGGGAACAUGAGAGGAUCCACACUGGAGAGAAACCAUUCCCAUGUACUUGGUGUGGGAAGAGUUUCAGAAAACCAUCAUCCCUUAAUCAACACGUAAAGAUCCACACUGGAGAGAAACCACAUACAUGUGAUCGGUGCGGUAAAACAUUCUCAAGGCUUUCGCAUCUGAAGAUCCAUCUUAUAGUUCAUACAAACGAGAAGCCUUAUUCAUGUUCGGUGUGUGGAAAGAGUUUUACACAGCAGGGGUAUUUAAAAGCCCAUCAGAAACACCACAGCGAUGUGAAAGAGUUUGUGUGCUUUGUGUGCAAGAAGACUUUUAUCAGAGCUGGAGACUUGAAACAGCACGAGAGGAUUCACACUGGAGAGAAACCAUUCACGUGUGCUCAGUGUGGGAAGAGUUUCGCACAAUUAUCAUACCUUAGCACACACAAGAAGAUCCACACUGGAGAGAGGCCACACAAAUGUGAUCAGUGCGGUAAAACGUUUUUGAGGGCUACACAGCUAAAGAUCCAUCUUAGAGUUCAUUUAUAGGAAAAGCCUAAGUCAUGUUCUUUAAAGGGCACAUAGGUUACCCUUUUUUCAUAUUUAAUAUAAGUAUUUUGUGUUCCCAGAAUGUGUCUGUAAAGUUUCAGCUCAAAACACUCAUCAGAUUAUUUAUUAUAGCUGUUUGAAGUGUCUAUAUUAUAGCUGGAAAAAAGGUUUUGCUGUUUUUUUGUACUGGCCCUUUAAGGCUAGUCCUCCCCGCCCACCGUUACCACGUGCCUGUCAGCAAUCGACGCCCUCGGCUGCCUCAGGAAGCAGAUCUCACGUAACGUGUGUGAGAAAUACUACAGUAAGAACUUUAACAAUCACUAUUUGAUGCAAUUUUGUUGUGGAUUUGCAACAGUGAGUCACACACAAUGUCAUUACAAAGUUCACGCAUAUACACAGCAAGGACACAAACACAUAGCGCAGACACAUACACACACACACACACACAUAGAGAGAGAGAGAGAGAGAGAGAGAGAGAGAGAGAGAGACAGCGCGUUAAGCUUUGCACUCAUUUUGCACGCAUAUGUGACAUGAUACUGGUAAUCUCCACUGCUGUAUGGAUAUCUGUUAUAUUAAUGUACAAAAUAAACCUGAUUUAACGUCCACAAA